UAAAUUGGCUUUCAGCUUUUAAAAAUUCCUAAUAGAGCUUUGCAGUUACAGCUCUGGUCCCUGACUUUUAAAAUUUUAUGGAGUAACUGAGGAGAAGGAUAGACAAAUAAUUAAUGAAUGAUGCAGGAAAGCUUCCUGGAAAAAGUGACUUUGAGACCUGGUAAUGCCCCAAUAAAGGUGGCCACUCUCAGGUUUUCAUUUUCUUUCCACAAAGAACAGAGGAAGAGUUCCUAGAUCAAGUGAAGAGGAAGCUGGCUCAGACCAGCCCUGAGAAAGACCUGUUGAUCACAAAGCCUUGUCACUGUAAGGAUAUCCUGAAGUUAGUGCUCUCACCCCUCACCCAGCAUUGCUUGGUCAUUGGAGAAACGACCUGUGCAUUUUACUACCUGCUGGAGGCUGCGGCUGCCUCCUUGGAUCUGUCAGAUAAUUAUAUGGCCUUCUUUUAUUUAAGGAAGGCAAGCAGUCUUCUGGGCCAACCCUCAGCAUUUUCAUUUUUGAAAAAACACAAGGUGAAGAUCUGUCAGUUUGAGGAGGCUACUUUCUGCCGUCUUCUGUCAGAGGUCUGUUUCAACAUGGGACACAUCACUUUAGCCAAAAAAUUGGCUAGGAAAGCCCUUCGGCUGCUGAAAAGGAAUUUCCCUUGGACAUGGUUUGGUGUCCUUUUCCAGACAUUCCUGGAAAAGUAUUGGCAUCCCUGUACCCUGAGCCAACCUCCAAACAACCCUAGUGAGAAUAAGAAGAAUUUGGCAGUUCUGCAGCAGCAGGUGCAUUGCCUCUCCCUACUCUGGCAGCUCUAUAACCUGGAGGCCACAGCCAGUAGCUACAGGUUUGCCUGCCUGGCUACUCUUAUGCAGAAGAAUUCAGCCGAGGAGUUUACAAAUGAAGCCCAGCUUGUCUCUACCUAUGUGGAGCUCUCUCAGUUCUCCCAGAGCAUGGGCAUCAAGGACAAGUGGCUGUACUGUGAGCAGAUGGCCAUUCAGAAAAGCAGUUUAUGUUGGUUCUCCAGAGAGGGAUUGUUGGCCACAGCUCAGCUCAUGCAGACCCUGGCCUACACCAAGCUCUGCCUUGGCCAUCUUGACUUCUCCAUCAAGCUGGGUUUUCAAGCUCGUGAGAUACGCAGACACCUCAAGAAACCAGCUCUGGAGAAUCUGGUUCUCUCAGUUCUCUUCAGAUCUGCAUUUCUGAAGAAGAAAUUUGGUCUGUGUGUCCAUGUACUGGAGAGUCAGUGGGCGCUCAUUUCUCAGGGUUAUGAUGUCCUUGGCCUGGCCUGCUUUUACUCUGCUUGCUUAGAUCUGCUGCUCUACGGAAAAGGAUUGCUGUUUCGGCCCUUUAGUGAGUGUCUGCGUUUUGUUCAAAUCUACGAGCACAGCCGUGUUCUGACCUCUCAGAGCAAUGUCAUGCUGGGGGUCCACUCCUCCCUGGCCAUGUGGUUUGCCCAGGAAUCACAGUGGGACCUGUUUGAACACUAUUUCUCCAAGGCUUGCCAGUUGGUGAAAAAAACCAAUGCUUCGCUAUUUGGUGCACAUGGCUUUGUCCGAUUCCUAGAGUGCCAUGUGCUAAUGUUACAGAAAAUACCAGAGGGUAUCUUCAUGCAUAUUCCUCUAGAGCUUCGCAGCCAAACCCUUGAGUACUUUAAGGAGUUCUUCUGUCGAUGUGUGACCUGCCCUGUCUAUCACCAGUGGGUAUCUGAGCUUAAGGCCUCUGUAAUGAGAUGUGAAAAGAGAGAAUUCAUGUCCCUGACUAACAGCAUCAGACCUUUUGACACUUGCUUGACCAGGAUUUGGAUAAAAGGAGAAUUUCUGCAGGAAAAUAACUCUUAGAAAAGAAAUUUAGGAAUACAGAGUAAGCAUUUCUUCCUGGAACCCUUGUGUGAGAGACAUAAAGACAGUCUCAGAUUCUUACUCAUGAGCAAAGGCUGCACUUCUGAAGUAAAAAGGGACACACAGAUGUAAGGAGUUAGUCCUUGCUCCAGAGGAUUUAACAGAGUGGCUGAUGUCAAGGAGAACAAGGAUACAGAAGAAACUCAAGAUAUAUGUGUUAAAAGAACAAUAACCUGAAGGGACCGUGAUUCUCCUAUUGUAUAUAACACAAGGAAAUGCCCCAGAUUCUCCUUUUAAAUAUAUAGUGUACAUAUUAAGUAUACUAGCCUUUAUAGUUACUGCUAUCUAUAUGUUUAUCAAAAUAAAAGACUAUAUUUUUCUAAAACA